AUGUCAGAACACAAUGUAAUGGGAGGAUGUGUAUUGCUGUGGGUUGCUUUGUCUGAUGCUGCUGCCACCGAUGAAUUGCCCAACAGCUCCCAGAAUGAUGUCAAAACCCGUCGUCGCAUCACAUUUGCAUUUCUCAGUUGGCCAUUUUUUGGCCGCCGUGAGAGACAUCAUGGAAAUGGCAUUCCACCGGCGGAACGACGUGUUGCAGAGCAAGACAACCUGCAGCUGCCAAAAGUUGCGAGCUUAACAGGCGCUGUUUUUUCCCAACGUCUAACGGCAACCAGCACUAUCACUAGACGUAGACACUCUUACGCACCCCAGGCGUCAAGGGACUACAGUCGUUGCAUUCAGAAUUUGUCCGUAUGUACCGAUGAUGAACGUGAGAUUGAGGUGGAGCCAGAACUAGAUGGCAAUGACAUGGAUGAGCCGCAAGUUCACCCCCUGCGCAUGAAUCCUGUGAACGAUGAGGAGCAGCACAGCACACCAUUUAGUACCAAUGAUGCUGCAAGCGUUGUUGAAGCUGUAGAUCCUUCCGGAGGGCCAGAAGUUGUUUCUGUAGCCGAGACUUCCUUGGUGACGACCACUAACAACACCGAUGAUGCUGAAGAAAUGGGAAAUGGAGAAAACCCUCCUCCCACAACCCCUAGCGAAGAAGAUGCAGCUGAAGAUGACCCUUACCCUGUCUCUGACACCUCGUCUGUCUAUGCUGAAGAGUGGUUCCCGUUCCGUGAGCUCUCGCAGAUAUCCUGGCGCACGGCUGGACCUACGUCUGCGGAGGAGUCGUUUCCAUCAACUCGCAAAUCCCCCUAUCGCAUGGGGAGAACCCGUCGUUAUGGCUGGAUUGAAGGUCAGCCAUUCUAA